ACAAGACCCGCCCACUAUGAUACUCGCGAGAGAGAGAAAACAAAACAAUGUGGCAGCGAAGAAGCCAUAUAGAAAGUUAACGAUGUGACUCAAUUAGAACGUAUAUUACAUAUGACAUAUUCGCAGUUCGUCAUAUAAAGGUGUAAAAACAGCACUGAAAACGACCAAAUCAUGGCUACCAUAGAUUCUCUUAUGAGCUUGUGCGCUUUUAGCGUCGCUCAGCGCGCUGAGAGGUAUGAGGAGAUCAGGAUGUUGCCUGCCGCCGUUAAAGACAGAUUAUUGCGGAUAAUGAUGUCUUACGGCACGGUCACCGACUCCAACAUCAGCCAGCUCGUGCACAACGGCACUCACACACUGGAUCUGCAGAACUGCAAGGUGUCCGACUCCGCGCUUCAGCAAAUCCACUGCCUACAGCUGAGGACAAUACUGUUAAGAGGCUGUGCAGAUAUCACCUCGAAUGGUCUAGAGGUGCUGGCAUCCCGGUGCCCUUAUCUUCAGGUCGUUGAUCUCACAGGCUGCACGGCUGUGACAGACUCAGGGGUUCAGGCUCUGGCGCGACACUGCAGAUCUCUGGAAGUGAUUUCCCUGCGUGGCUGUGCUGCUCUCAGUGACAGAGCCCUGCUGGAGCUGGGACAGAACUGCAGGGUGCUGCACAGCAUUUACUUCUCGGGGACAGAGGUAACUGAUCAAGGGGUCAUUGGGCUUGCAACUGGAGUUUGUUCACACAGCCUAAAGGUAUUGCAUACAGUCCAUUUUAAUAUUGUAUUAUUAUUAUUAUUAUUAUUUGUAAUUAAUUAUUUACUGUUCCAGGAGUUACAGAUGAUACGAUGUCGCAAUUUGACUGAUGUGGCAGUGACUGCUGUUCUUGCAAACUGCGCCAACAUCAGAAUUUUCAAUUUCCAUGGAUGUCCCCUGAUUACAGAUAAAUCAAGGGAGGCGCUCCAAAACUUUAUUGGUCCCAACAAGAUCCAACAAGUGUCUUGGACUGUGUACUAAUGUGACUUAUUAUCAACUACAGCACAUCAACUUUAUUGUUGUAAAUGUAAUGCACUCAUCAAAGAAGAUAUGCAUAAUCGUUGUCAAAUCAAUUAAACUAAUUGUCACUGUUUAAUGGAAAAAAUGCUAAAAAUUGUACAUCGUUUGCAUUGUAAUGUUAUUUAAUAUUUAAGAAUAUAUUUAUGUAAAAUUGUUUUGUUUACCUACCUUUCAUUUUCAACACUUCAACUGUACUAUAACACAUGAUAAAUAAAAAUAUAUGUAUGAAAUAACAGUAA